AUGAGGCGUAUUCUUGUGUUGGUGCUAUGCUUCUUGUUUAUGAGUCGUCACGGCCUAGGCCUCAAAGAAGACGCCAACACGAGCUCCUGCAUUGAGGAGGAGAGGCAAGCUCUACUAGACGUAAAAGCAAACCUAAUUGAUUUGCAUGGAAAUCUAAGUGAUUGGGCGAGCGAACGAGUGGAUUGUUGCAAAUGGGCCGGUGUCACUUGUAAUAACCAAAGUGGUCAUGUGAUUAAACUUGAUCUUACUUUCGGUUCUACUGGUUUCACUGGUAAAAUUAGUCCGUCGUUACAAGUGUUAAACCAACUACAAUCUCUUAAUCUAAGCGGUAUUAAUUUUCAGUCCAACCCUUUACCAAACAUUUUGGGUUCCUUGUCCAAGUUACAAAGUUUGCAUAUUGCUAGUGCUAAUCUUAGUGGACCCAUUCCUAAUCAGUUUGCAAAUCUCUCUAACUUGCUAGAGCUUGAUCUUAGCAAUAACUCUUUAAGUGGGUCUAUUCCUUUUUCCUUUGGAAAUUUAACUUUUCUCACCUAUAUAGACCUCUCAAAAAAUCAGCUAGAAGGUGACAUUCCACAAUCUAUAGGGAAUUGUUCAUCUUUAGUUCACCUAGAUUUGUCACAAAACCUCCUUAACGGGUCGAUUCCUGAUAGUAUUAAUCAACUUUCAAAUCUAGAAUAUCUUGAUGUUGGUCACAAUUCCUUGAACGGAAGCAUUCCUAACCUCAUAGGGUGUCCUUCCCUUUCUUUUUUAGACUUGUCUAGUAAUAAGUUUUCCGGUAAUGUACCAAACAGUUUGAGCCAGGUUUCAAAUCUUAGAUUUCUCAACCUCUCUUCAAAUCAAAUAAAAGGUAUGCUCCCAAAUAUCUCGUCUUCUUAUUUUGGAUAUGUUACAUUGGAUUUGAGUAACAACCAUUUCGAAGGAAGGGUACCGUUAUUGCCUUCUAGACUGGCCGCGUUAAACCUCUCGGGAAAUAGGUUCUCAGGAACGCUUUCUUUCGUGUGUGCGAUUGACUGGCUCUUAAGUUUUCUUGACCUCUCCAACAAUUUAUUAUCAGGUAGCCUGCCUGAUUGUUGGGCAACCAAAAGGAUGAUAAAAGUUCUUAAUUUAUCAAACAAUAAAUUUUCCGGGGAAAUCCCCUCUUCUUUUGGAAAUUUGUUAACUCUCGAGGCAUUAUAUUUGAGAAAAAAUUCCCUUGUUGGUGAACUGCCGGUGUCCUUGAGCAACUGCAUAAGACUAAGAUUUUUGGAUCUUGGGGAAAAUAAGUUAUCUGGCGUCAUACCAGAAUGGAUAGGAGAAAAACUUUCAGAGUUAUAUGUACUUGUUUUAGGAUCUAAUAGAUUCCAUGGGAGGUUACCUUCGCAAGUUUGUUGGUUGAAUAAUCUUCAAGUUCUUGACCUGUCUAAUAAUCAAUUGUCAGGUAGUAUUCCUAGCUGCUUUGGUAACUUCACAGCAAUGGCUACAAGAAGCUUUGGCGAUGAUAUGACUAGUCAUUUUUAUCUCUCUUAUAUCCCACUACUUACCCCAGGUAAUGUUCUUAGUUAUGGAAAAAUGUCUUCUGAGGAGGACUAUUUUCAAGACAAUGCAUUGGUUAAAUGGAAAGGAAAAGAGCGGUCAUUUGAAAGAAGUGGUUUGCAACUACUAAAGAGUAUUGAUCUCUCAAGAAAUAGCUUAUCCGGAGAACUUCCGGAUGAGAUCACUAGUCUUUAUGAUUUGGCUUCGUUAAAUGUUUCCAACAACAAACUACAUGGAGAAAUCCCGAAAGAUAUUGGCCAGUUGAAAUCUAUUCAAUCUCUUGACUUGUCUAGAAAUGAAUUCUCUGGACGUAUUCCCUCGAGUUUGGUAGAAAUCACUUCUCUAGGUUAUCUGGACCUCUCAAACAAUAACUUGUCGGGAAGAAUACCAACUGGAACUCAACUCCAAAGCUUCAAUGAUACAUCCUACAGUGGUAACCCUCAACUUUGUGGACCUCCACUUUCACCAAGAUGCGGUCCUCCACCCGUUGUAGAAAAGAAAGAUGUUGAGGAAGAUGACGACGAUUUUUGGAAAUCAAAUUACAUAGGUAUGGGUGCUGGAUUUUGGGUUGGGUUUUUGGGAAUUUGUGGUGCUUUAGUUUUAAGCCCUCAUUGCAGAUACUUCAUUUUUGCUUCAUUGAGUCAUAUAACGGAUUGGAUAUAUGUAAUUGUGGCUGUGCAUUUUGGAAAAGUUGAAAGAAAGUUUAGAAGGUGA